AAACAAAUACGGGGAAGGCAAACAAGAGAAGAAUGGAACAAGGAGCUGAAAAUUGUGGAAGAGCAAAUAUGAGAAGGAUGGAAAAUGAAACUGAGACAGCUAGUCAAACUGCUCAUACAGCUAGUCAAUCACAGGCUAGAUCAAAUAGGGGAAGACAAACAAGGAAAGGAUGGAAAAUGAAACUGAAAGUAGUGAAAGGGGUGGUGGAAGAGACAUUGGAAGAGGGAUGCAACAGUAAAAUCAAGAGACUGAAGGCACAAGUAGUGGACAUGCAAAAAGACCUUAUAAAAGGCCAAGGAUGGUGGGGGUUGGAGUAUUGGUUGAUGAUGAUGGUUGUACUACUCUUAAUCCUGGGAUGCCAAAUAGAAGGGUCAUUGACACUGGUAGAAGAGCUCCUAUGAGAUCUGAUGUGGUUAUUGGAGAUAUUGGUUACACACCACGCAAAGGAUUCAGAUGGAGGGGCAAACAAACCAUUACCAGUAAUCGACUUGACCAAAUGAGGGGUGAGAAAGUAAUCCAAACAAG